GCAGAAUUCGGGUCCCAAAAUUUCCCCAAAUCAGAAGAACCGAAACCCCAUUAUUCUUACACAUACAGUCAACCAGUGAAGCAAACGGAAGAAGAACAAUGGUGAGAGAGGUCUCAGAGAGUUGCGUUGAAAGUCUAUUGACAGAGAUUGUCUCUUCCUAUUGCACUGGUUUCUACGCUAACAAGCCCGAAUUGGCUGCCCGACGGAUCGAAGCCAUUGGCUUCCAGGUUGGCCACCAGCUCUCCGAAAGAUACACUAUGGACAGACCAAGGUUUAGUGAUCAUCUUGAGGCAAUUAAGUUUAUCUGCAAGGACUUUUGGUCAGAGCUGUUUAAGAAGCAAAUAGACAACCUAAAGACAAAUCACAGAGGUACUUUUGUGCUGCAAGAUAACAAGUUCCGCUGGCUAGCUCGUAUGUCAAUGGAUCCGUCCCUGGAAACUUCUGGGUCUAUUCAAGAUCCUGCAGCUAUGGCCGAAAACAAGUCUGCCCAAGCUAUCGGCAUGCAUCUUUACUUUCCAUGUGGAAUAAUCAGGGGAUCCCUAUCAAACUUGGGCAUUCCUUGUGCAGUUUCUGCUGACAUAUCCAACCUUCCUGCUUGUUCGUUUGUGAUACGGAUAAAGGCUUAGCUUUGACCAAUGUUGAGAUUAGCAUCAGUUCAACCCUUCGCCUCCAAUUAAACAUAUGCAGUUGUAAGGAAUACCUCACUGGAGAAAUAUUUUCUGCUGUUAAGUAUGCGCGGAAAAUGUGAUUUUCUACAUUUGAAUGAUUUCAACCUUCUAUUUUAUAUCCCUUUUGCCCUGCUAUACUGUUGUCUUUUCUGUGUUCAAUGUCAUUGAACCAUGCCAUUCCCUGGCUAAGAUACUUGAAUUAUGUGUUCAGCAGAGCAUCAAACUCUCCCCUGUUCUUUAGGUAAGUCUGGGUCAAGUUCAUCCCUCUCUCUCUCUCUCUCGCUCUCUCAUAUUUAAGAAUUUUUUGUGGCACAGCUAAGAAUUUCAAGUGGCUAGGUGUAAAAAUUACAGAAAUAACUACACCAUUUUGGAAAUAGUUGCACAAAUGAGGAAUUUUUCAAUAUAUUCACAUAUUGCAGCUUCAUCAUACGUUCAGAGUUCAGACUCGAACUUUAUUCCAUUAUUACAUAUGGUCUAUGCGGUUCUAGCAGGCACUGCUACAAUGGUACUGCUUGGCUAUGUUCAAUAAUUUCAAGUCUUAUCAUAAUAUACAUCAUUACGCUAGUGCUACAGUGCUAAUACCUACUGUAGUCGAAAUUUCACCAGAAAGUUAGUUUAUUGACAAGUCCGACAAAUAAUACAGUAUAUAUCAUCACGACCUGGUUCUGAUAUAGCAGGGCGAGUGUCGAUCUUUUCAAAAUCACAAUCAAUUCAGGGAUGUGAUAUGAUGAUUUCUGAGAUUGGAAUAGCCGCAUGAGGUCUGGUGUCAAUAUGAAGGUGUUCUCAAGGAAGAUGCAGCCAGACCUUCACGUGGAAUUUCACCCUGUGAAAGUUUGAAGGAUAUGUCCAGCAACAGUUAGGGAGGUGAAUAUGAAAGAGGUAGGAACCAAAGAAAACUCUUUUGAUAAGUAACGAAGAUGCAAUUCGACAACCGCGAAUGGAUUCGUACUCGUACUGGAACUCCAUGAUUCUAAGAAACCUGGAGUGUGUUUGAAGCACUUACAGGAGGAGAGUACUUUCCCAAGUACCUCGGCUACUGAUACUAUACCCGAUUAUCAACCAAAGGGAGAUCGGAUUCAGGGUGAGGAAGUUCGUAGAGAAGCUAAAAUUAACCAAUGAAUGAAUCAACUGCUUUAUGUGGCGUGAAACACGCUGAAGAAACAAGUGCUUGGGUUGAGGGGGAAAAAAAAAGGAAAAAAAAAUUAUGCAAUCGGGGAUAACAUCAAGGUUACUUAACAUGAUUUUGAAUUUAAACAUUGAAUCUGGAUUUGAGAAAGAAUAUUUUGUUUAGUAGUGGGCACAGUGCAAAUAAUACCAAGCAUCCGGAGCUCCUAAGUUAGUGAGCUCCAGGGAGGGAGCGUGUAAUAGACGCUUAAAAAGUAUGUGUCAAGAAGUCAAAUUACGUAUAUAGGGACGCUUCUCUCUCUCCUCAUCUUAUUUUCCUGUUGUUUUUUUC